AAAGAGCCGAGGGACGGGAGAGAAGGAGGGGGCACUGGGGGAGACCACAGCGAGGGGAGCGAGAGGCGCGGAGAGUUUGGCAGCCAGACCCAGAAAUCCCUGGAGCGCGGCGGACCCGGCAGCCGGAGGGGCGACCCCGCCUGAUGUAACGCGCCCCGCCCGAGCCCCGGCCCCUGCACUGGGGGGGUGAUGUGAGCAGAGCCCAGGAAUGCCUUAUGUGGAUCGGCAGAACCGAAUCUGUGGGUUUCUGGACAUCGAGGAGCAUGAGAACAGCGGCAAGUUUCUGCGGAGGUACUUCAUUCUGGACACCCAGGCUAACUGCCUCCUCUGGUAUAUGGACAACCCCCAGAAUCUGGCAGUGGGGGCAGGAGCUGUUGGAGCUUUGCAGCUGACCUACAUCUCGAAGGUGAGCAUAGCUACCCCAAAACAGAAACCAAAAACUCCAUUUUGCUUUGUUAUCAACGCCCUGUCUCAGAGAUAUUUCCUUCAAGCCAAUGACCAGAAAGAUAUGAAGGACUGGGUUGAAGCCCUGAACCAAGCCAGCAAGAUCACCGUACCCAAAGGUGGGGGCCUACCCAUGACCACUGAAGUUCUCAAGAGCUUAGCAGCUCCUCCAGCCCUGGAGAAGAAGCCACAGGUGGCCUACAAGACGGAGAUCAUUGGAGGGGUGGUGGUCCACACACCCAUCAGCCAGAACGGUGGGGAUGGGCAGGAAGGGAGUGAGCCUGGGUCCCACACCAUCCUUCGAAGGUCUCAGAGUUACAUCCCCACGUCAGGCUGCCGUGCUUCCACCGGGCCUCCCCUCAUUAAGAGUGGUUACUGCGUGAAGCAAGGGAAUGUGCGGAAGAGCUGGAAACGUCGCUUCUUUGCACUUGAUGACUUUACCAUCUGCUACUUCAAGUGUGAGCAGGACCGAGAACCACUGCGCACUAUAUUUCUUAAGGAUGUUCUCAAGACCCAUGAAUGUCUGGUCAAGUCUGGUGAUCUCUUAAUGAGGGACAACCUGUUUGAAAUAAUAACAAGCUCCAGGACCUUCUACGUACAGGCGGACAGUCCAGAAGACAUGCACAGCUGGAUUAAGGAGAUUGGGGCAGCUGUCCAGGCCCUCAAGUGCCACCCCAGAGAAACGUCCUUUUCUAGAUCCAUUUCUUUGACCCGACCUGGAAGCUCCAGCCUUUCAAGUGGGCCCAACUCUAUCCUGUGCAGGGGGCGGCCACCUUUGGAGGAAAAGAAAGCCCUCUGCAAAGCCCCCUCUGUGGCCUCCUCCUGGCAGCCCUGGACACCUGUCCCCCAGGCUGGGGAGAAGCUGCUUCCACCUGGAGAGACUUCAGAGGACUCUUUGUUCACGCCUCGUCCUGGGGAGGGCAGCGCUGCUGGGGUGCUGCCCAGCUCCCGGAUAAGGCACAGAUCGGAGCCCCAGCACCCCAAGGAGAAGCCGUUUAUGUUCAACCUUGAUGAUGAAAACAUACGGACCUCUGACGUGUGAUGGAGUACAGUGCCAUGGGAGGGAGGGAGGGAGGACUUGAGAGAAGGAGGCUGUGACUCAGUUUCUCUACCUUGUUGGAGGGUAGUCAGAGGCCUUUAUGUCACUCAUUCCUGUGGAUGCUCUUUGGGAGGGAGGGGCCCAUCCAGCUGGCUGUGUGUGUGUGUGUGUGUGUGUGUGUGUAAUAAUGCAAUGUAUUUAAUUUGGGGAAGUCACUAGGUUAGAACUGUAGGCAUACUCAGUGGAGAGGAAGCUACCUAUUCUAACUAUUCUGAGGUCUUCCUGGAGAGGGAUUAUUUUAGCAGCUCCUCUCCAGAGGGGGCUGGAAGUCCAGUUUCACCACUGACCAAGUUUUAUUUCCUUGCCCUUGUUUUAGUUUUUUCAUUUUGUUUUCAGUCCAGGUGCCUCGCAGCUCUUUUGGAAUGGGCCAGCAUUAGUCUAAUUUUAAGCGCUGUGUGUUUUGUACCCUUGCAAACUUGCUUUAUCUUUCUUCUUGCUGUUGCCCUUUGGAUGAAGCCUUGUGUGCUUGCAUGAUCAGACCCUGUAAUAGGAUGAGUUUCCAUGUACUUAACAUGAAGUGAUACAAAAAGAAUCUAGAGAGAGAUAUGUAUUUUUAAUGAAAUAGAAGCUUGGCAUAGAAACAUUGAUUUAGACGUUAUGAGUUGCUGGCCAGAGAUUCCUCAGAUAAAAGAACCUAGAAAAUUGAGUUUCGGGCGGGCAUGGUGGCUCACGCCUGUAAUCCCAGUACUUUGGGAGGCUGAGGCAGGUGGACCACCUGAGGUCAGGAGUUUGAGAUCAGCCUGGCUGACAUGGUGAAACCCCGCCUCUACUAAAAAAUAUGCAAAAUUAGCCAGGCAUGGUGGUGCAGGCCUGUA